UCUCCCUCGCAGACGACAGUUCCCGCGAAACAAGCUCGACGAAUGCAGACGACGUUUGCAUUAGUUGAGCUGUACAAAGCAAACGAUCAAACAUCACAGAUGAAACGACUGAGGUCAUCUGUAAUGGACAUAAAAGCCUUUCUACAAUGCAAGAAACUCAGACGGUCCCACAGACUGGAGACAAAAGAGAAAUCUGAAUCAACAGUGAGAAUGGAAUUGGGAUCACUAGGACAUUUUAGUGUUCUUCCACUUGAGUUGAAGUUCCUUAUUCUACGAUACCUCACAAUUGAUGAUUUAAGUAUUUUGACCAUUACAUCAAAAGCAAUGAGAAAUUUGAUAGAGGGGUAUAGGGUUCUCAUGCCUCUUUUUCCAAGAGAUCUUCUGCAAAGACUCCAUUUUUCAAAAAAUAUCCAGAUUUUACCUGAUCAUGAACAGAAAUGUUAUCUUGACACAUUUCACAGACUAGGUCUUCUAACGAAAAGGUCAACUUGCCUUUAUCCUACAAGAGACAGACUCAAGUUUGUGAAUGAAAUUUUGACUAAGAUGAUGUGCAAUAAUGCUUACUGUGAUAAUUUCUCCCAAUGCUUGUCACUAACCUGCUUUGGGAAAUUCCUACAUACUGUGAUAGCUGGAUGGGAUGAUUCAGAGUGUCAAAGGACCUAUGAUGCAAUAAGCCAUCAUACAUUUAUACUGAAAAAAGUCAGACUUGUUAUGAACUCUAAACCAGGUACCCAUAUGCAGAUUGAGAAUCACAUAAGGACUUUUUUCCGAAAAGUAGUCCUGGACCAUUGUCAGUCAGUUGUUGAUCGAGCUUUCUGGUUGGGAAGAAUCCUGAAGCCUUGGCCAAUGGUUCACCAAGCAAGAUUUUUAUUCAUGUUGUAUGGCCCAGAGUAUAAUGGAGAAAUCCAGUGGUUUGAGUUUUGUAAGAAUACACCUGUUAGUCCAGAACAAUCUGCUAAAUAUUUUGGAGAGUUAGCCAAUGCUUUACAGAUUCUCCAUGGCAACCGGCAGGAGUGGACAGAAGAUGACAUCAUUAGUGUUCUGGAUGAACUCACAAGUUCUCCUGAUGAAUGGCAAGCAGAGAAUGUGGCACACAUGUUGAUCCUUUGUGGUGAUGUAAUUACCUCCAAAAUGUUGAUGAGCAAAGCUAUUAAUGGAAGAACUACAGAACUCGCCAUUAUGACUACAUCCUUUUGUGUGGUUUGUGUGAAGAACAGUUUUAGUUUAUCAUAUGUCCUUGGAAUGAUAAAGAACAUCAUUGGAGCCAUGGACAAGCCAAAAGAUAGACUGCAGUACUUCAACAGUUUGAUGGACAUGUUUAGGGAACUUAUUUUGGAUAUACAUGAAUUCUCAGAUCAAGAGGAUGGACAUGAAAAUGACAUGUUCUUCAUGGUUACUGCCCUCUCAGAGUUCACAAAGAAAUUGGUCAUCUUGGCUUUCAAGAACAUGCUAACUACUUGAGCUGUUAAAGAUAGUGAUCACAAGGAGAACUGGCUGUGAUUCUGGAACUUGUAGAAGGACUGUUUUUUAAAGGCAAUUAACUCUUUUUAAAAGGUGCAACAUGUAUAUGUAAAAGUGUCUGAAUAUUGGAGCAUCUAAAGAAAGGAAGACCCAUAACUGUUGACAGUUUUGUUAAGUGAAAAAGAUACAGGAUAGUUAUAUAUGUUGCAGAUCAAUCAUCUCCGAGUACAUGGAAUACUACAACUCAUUAUGUUUGUGAUUAAAUUAUGUAUAUUUCCUCUUCUAUUUGUGUUCAAGCAUAAUCUGUUUUUUCCAGAAUGCAUUAUCAUUAUACAUAUAUCUCAAAGACAUACACUUGCAGCUGAUAAAUCAAGUGAGCUUUCUCUGAUCAAAAUUUGUCUGUUGGCAUCGUCGUCAUUGUAAACAUUUCACAUUUUCAUCUUCUCCAGAACCACUAAGCCAAUUUCAAUCAAACAUGGUUCAAAUCAUCCAUUGGUAAAGGGGAUUCAAGUUUAUUCAAAUACAGGGCCAUGUCCCCAAAGGGGAGAUAAUCACGGAAAUGCAAAAAUAGGGUGGGGUCAUUUAAAAAUCUUCUCAACCACUAGACCAGAAAAGUUCAAAUUUACACGAAAGCUUCCUGAUAUAGUACAGAUUCAAGUUUGUUUUAAAACCAUGGGUGUAUUGGUGUUAGGAUGGGGUCAUAAUAAGGGAUCAAAGUUAUACAUGCGAGUAUAUUGGGAAAAUAAUUAAACAUCUUCCUCUCAAGAACCACUGGGCCAGAAAAGUUCAAAUUUGCAUGAAAGCUUUCUGACAUGGUGCAGAUUCAAACUGUAAAAGUCAUGGCCCACAGGGGUAGAUUGGGCCACAGUAGGGGGAUCAAAGAUUUACAUGCAAGUAUAUAGGGAAAAUCUUCUCAAAAAGCAAUGCGCAAGGAAAGUGGAAAUUUACAUGGAAGCUUCCUGAUAAGAAUAGAUCCAAAUUUGUGCAAAACAUGGUCCCCGGGGUUAGGGUGGGGCCACAGUAGGGGAGCAAAGUGUUGUAUGCUGAAAGAGGUGCUUAACAAUCUUUUUAAAAAAUGAUAAAACCCCAGGCCCUGAUGGAUUCACAUGUGAAUUUUUCUGGAAAGAUAUCUGUUCUUUUGUUACCUGAGCAAUAAAUAACUCCUUUGAGAAGCACAAUUUUUCUGAAUGUAACAAGUUAGGGGUGAUCACUUGUGUUCCGAAAACUGGAAAACCAAAACAGUUUCUCAAAAAUUGGAGACCAUCUCUCUUUUGAAUGUUGUCUAUAAACUAGCAUCAGGGUGUAUUGCAGAAAGAAUAAAACUUUUCCUAGAAAAAUUAAUACAUACAGAUCAAACUGGAUUUAUUAAAGGUAAAUAUAUCAGUGAGAAUUUAAGAUUAAUUUAUGAUAUUAUGCAUUAUACAGAAUCCAAACAAAUACCGGGGCUUCUGAAGCUUACCGAUUUUGAAAAGGCUCUCGAUACUGUCUCGUGGAAAUUUAUUCAAUUUUGGUAUUUCUAUUCAAAACUGGAUAAAAUUAUUUUACAAUCAAAUAAAGUCAUGUAUCAUUCAAAAUGGAAUGUCACAAUACUUCAGUCCAGAAUGGGGCUGUAGGCAGGGGGAUCCUCUAUCUCCUCUCUAAUUUCUUUUAUGUGUUGAAAUACUUGGUAUUCUCUUAAUAUGUAAAAACAAAGAUAUUAAAGGCAUAACAGUUGAUGGAGAAGAAUAUAAGAUAUCUCAAUAUGCAGAUGACAAAUCAAUUAUUUUAGAUGGGUCUACCAUUUCCAUGGAUGGCAUUAUUAGAGUCCUAGAUUACUUUGCAAUAAUUUCAGGCCUAAGGAUAAAUUUUUCAAAGACGACAAUGAUUUGGAUAGGUAACAAAAAAAUUUCAAAGGACAUUUAUACAUUCUUUAUGGAAAGAUUUUUAAUAUCUUGUACAUAUAUUUUUCAUGGCAAGACUUUUCAUUUCAUAUAAUGACCUUGAAGUUGGAGUUUGACCUACUUUUAAGAAAACAUAACCUAUUAAAUAUAUUCGGAAAUAUAUUAGGUGGGGCUUUCAUUAUUUGUAUGUAGAUUUUUUAUGGCAAGACCUUGUACACAAUCAAUAUUUGAUCUUUAGAAUUUGACCUACUUCCUAAAAAAAAAUUAACCUAUUCAUUAUAUCUUGAACUAUUUAAGGUAGGGCUUUCAUAUUAUAUCUAUAUCUCUCUCUAUAUAUAUAUAUAUUUUACCAAAAUACUUUCAUAUUUUGUAUAUAUAGAUUCUUUAUGACAAGACCUUAUUGUGUGAAGUUUGACCUUUGAGUUUUUAAAUCUCAGACUUAUUCAAUAACUCCUGAAAUAUUUCAAGGUAGACAUUUCAUAUUUUGUAUAGAUAUUUCUAUAGCAAGACCUUUCAUUUCAUACUAUGACCAGCUUUGACUUUGUGACCUGACCUACUUUUAAGAAAACGAAACUUGUUAAAUAUCUGCAUAACUAUUCAAGGUAGGGCUUUCAUAUUUUGCAAAUAGAUUCUUUAUGACAAGACUUUGGAUAUAACUAUUUGAUUUUAUGACCUUGACCUACUUUCUUAAAAACCUGACCUAACAAUAUUUCUUGAAUUAUUUAAGGUAAAGCUUUCAAAUUGUGUGUAUAGAUUCUUUAUUGCAAGACCUUGUUAUACUUGGUGUACGACCUUGAAUGACCUGGAAGUUUGAACUACUUUUAAUAAAAACCUAAUCCAUUUAAUAUCUCUUGAACUAUUUUGUACAUAGAUUUCUUGUGGCAAGAUAUACCAUGACUUUUGACCUUCGUUUAAUCCAGAACAGCAAGAUCAUGUUGGUGUUGAGGCAUCUCUGUAUUGUGUUAAUUCCUUUUCAGUUAUGAUGUGAUCCUUUGGGGCUUGGUUGAGGCCACAAUAUAGGGUCAAAAUUUUCAUGGGAAUAGAGAUUGAUAAAAAAAAAUCUUUCUGAAAAUCACAACAGCUGAACAAUGUCAGACUAAGGUGACCAAUGUGGCCCAUGGGUCUCUUGUUAUAAUAAAUAUGUAAACUGAACUCUUGGAUUAAUUUGGGUCAAGUCACAAACAAAACAAAUGAUUGAAGUUGUAUUUGAUGCUGUUGUAGAGCUUGCCACUCCUGAUGCAUACCUACAUCAGAUCAUUCAAUGUUUGGAUUGGCAGUGUCCUUUGACAAACUUGGGGAACCAAUGGUGUCCCAAAUGUGCUCAAAAGAGUUCAAAUCCAGACUUUGUUCCCCUGUUGUGGCCCCACCCAACCACUGGGACCUUAAUUUGAGCUUUAAUCUAUACUACUAUCUGAGGAUGCUUGUGUAUUAAAAUAUUACUUGUGGUGGCAUUGUUCUCAAUUAGAAUUUUCCUGUAUAUACACGCACAUAAAACUUUUAUCCCCUAUUGCAGCCCCAUUCUAGCCCCAAGGGCUAUGGUUUUAAAUAUGAUUACUUAUUACUGUUGCUCGUGAGGAAAAUAUUUUUGCUAUCUCUCAUUUGAAAAUGAUCCUUCACUUGAACAAUAUUGAAUCCUCUCUACCCAAGGAUGCUUUAUAGCAAGUUUGAUUGAAAUUGGCCCUGUGCUUUUAGAAAAAAAGUUGCAAAUGUAUCAAGUUUACAUAACAACAAGAGGAUCAGAAAAGCACACUUGAGCUUGUAGCUCAGGUGGGGAAAAGUGCUGGUGUUGCCAUAUUUUUUUCCAAUAUGUUUAUUUAAACUGUACUUGGGUCAAAGUAAAAAAAGAAUCUAUUAUAAGGCAAGACUUAUCAAGUCUUCUACAUGCUCUUACAUUUGUACCUGUCCCCAAAUACUUCGUGUAUCUAGAUAUUUAAAAUACUUGCAUUUCCAAUGUGUUUGCCUUUGAUAUCUUUACGAAUUGUAAUGAUAGCCAUUGAUUUCCUCAUGUAUUAUAUGCAGUUGUGAACAAUUACCUUGGUAAGAAAUAAAUUUCAUUGAAAAUACAUUUGAGAGUAUGAAUUUGCAAUGCUUCACAUCUCAGUUCAUACCUUGUAAAUAUAUAUUUUGAACAAGAGUACAAAAAAUGGUACAUAAUAUACAUGUGAAAAGCUUAUAUAGGGCAUUUUUUUUAAGUCGUGAUUUGUAGAACUUUGCUUUAAAUUGGGUAACUUGUAUCAGCCAUCAUGAGUUCUGUGUAGUAAAUAUUUCCCCAAAUUUGACAAAGUUCAACAACCUGUAUAUAUUUUAAACACCAAAGAAAACAAGAGGUACUGUGAGCAAUGCUCACUAAGAAUACCCCCCGCUUACCCCAAUCUCCCAAAGGGUGUUGGUAAUAGGUAUAAACUACCUCUUUUCUGAGUGUAAAAAACAAAUGGCAUGACAAACCUUGGGUAUUCUCGUUUGUAGGGAGAAAUGGAUUAUCUAGGAACACAGCAUCUCCAUGCGAUGAAAAAAGCUGUUAAAGAAUUUAAAUGGAAACCAUAUUGCUACUUCGAUGUCCAGUGCACGUGACCUUUGACCUUUUGACCCCAAAAUCGAUAGGGAACAUCCUCAUACCAUGGAUAGUCCAUAUGUAUGAUAUGGUGACUGUAGGUGGAAAGGAUAACGCUUUAGAGCCCGGAAAGGUCCUAGCAUCAACACUGAGGAGUUAAAAGGACAAACCAUGUCCUUUAUUUAAUUUAUUUCCUCAAA